AUGGGUUUGAAUGUGAAUUCUUCCACUCAAUCCAAGAAGGCUUCUGCAACGAAGGAUUCAAGAACCCAUGCCAGAAAGCACUACAAGUCGCGUACUAAAACCAUGAAUGUUCUUGAAGCACCUGCUUUUGAGGAAGUUUCCAAUGAAGACACCUCUGCCAAUGAUGUGCCCGAUGUUGAGGCAUCUGUCUCUCACGCAGAAGCUUGUGUUCCUGAUGUGCCUGAAAAGGAGAUUUCACCAUCUCAGGAAUCUUCUUCUUCGUCCAAAUAUUUUGAAUCAGAGAAUGAAGCCCACCAGGAUGUUUCUUCAGAGGAGUCUAGCAAAGCCCCACCGUCUAUUCAUGAAGUUUCAAAUGCUGAAGACUCAAAUGAUGUGCCUAUGGCAAGUGUUGCUGCCAGGAUGAAGAGGAGAAGAAGGGUUCCUGUUGAAGAAACCCCCUCUGUUUCACAGAAGAAGGCCAAAUCCACUCCUGCCACCUACACAUUAAGGCAAGUGGAUAUGAAGAGCAAGGGAAAACACAAGGUUGUGGAGUCUUCUGACAAGAAGGUGAAGAAGACUGCUGAGAAGAAGAAAAAGAUUCCAAGGGUUGAUCUGGAAUCUGAGUCUGAUAUUGAAGCCGAUGUCCAGGACAUCCUGACUUCUGAGAAGAAGAAAUUUUCUGGUAAGCGCAUCCCUCGGGAUGUUCCCUCUUUUCCUAUUGAUAAUUUCUCUUUUCAUGCUGCUGAGAAUGUUCUCAAGUGGAAGUAUGUUUGCAAGCGUCGAAUUGCAAAGGAAAGGGGGAUUGGCAUUGAUGUGCUUGAGUGUAAGGAAAUUGUUGCUCUUAUUGAGAGGGCUGGUCUGAGGAAGACAGUUCUGGGUAUUGGGAAGUGUUAUGGGAGGCUAGUGAAGGAGUUCCUAGUCAAUUUGUCUGAUGAUGUUGGUAUUCCUGGAAGUGCUGAGUUCAGGAAAGUGUAUGUGUGUGGAAGAUGUGUAACCUUCUCCCCUGCUGUGAUCAACCAAGCACUUGGAAGGAGUGCUGUGGAAUUUGUAAAGGAGAGCUGUCUUUGGACUCUGAUUGGAGUGGUGAAUUGGAUUCCCUCUCACCAUACUUCUACUAUCUCUGCCAUUCUGGCCAAACUAAUCUACAGAAUUGGGACUGAGAUCCCCUUUCAUUUUGGUUCACUGGUGUUUGCUCAAACCUUGAAGCAUGCAGAGACUUGUGAUGUGAAGCUGCCCAUUUCAUUCCCCUCUCUCCUAACUGCCAUCAUCCUGAAGCAGCAUCCUGAUAUUCUCAGAAUGGAUGAUGUGGCUGUAUCCAAGGGUGCCUAA